GCCGCCGGUCGAUCACGAGAAGAACGUCAUCUUUCUAUUUUUGGAAGAAUCCUCCGCACGAGACUCCAAGCCCCUAACGGUCAAAAAUGUGCCUCCGUCCGGUUCCGUCCCACUCCAAGGACUUAUCGCUGGUCAUCAUGGAAACGGCAGGGAACGGCUCAGGACCAUAGACAGCCCGGGGCUGUGCUUACGGCUCCGGCGGUCUCGCUCUGCCCAUCCGGCCCUUUUACUGCGUGGCCCAAGAUCGGACUUGCCGCAAGUCUAAGCCCCUCAAUGAAGUCCCCGCGGCCAAUACUCAAGGCUGCCCCCCGCCCCGAGUUUCUUAAGAUCGAUAUAACCACCUCCAGUCCUCUUCCAUUCGCAGCAUGCUCCCGGGCGUUGCUGAUAUCUCCCCAUGUCCGCUUCCCGUCGACUCCCCGCCUCGCAUCGAUGGGAAACACCUACUCCUCCGACUCAUACGACCGCGCGCCCAUCGAGGUGUCCGCGAACUCGUGCGCGUUGCCUGAACGUGGCGGACGUGUGCUCUACGCCCCGCGGUCCCGAUCCCAUACCCACACACAUCCUGCGACCCCGGCGUGCGCGUCCACCAAGGGAAGCUACUUCCACCCCCGUGCCUUCGAAGUCUGCGAGCUGGAAAUAUCCGUUCCGCCCUCAUCGUCCGUCCCCGACCUGUCCUGCGAAACCACCGACGAGAGCUCGGAGGAGCUGGCUUCUCCCCCGUUCUCGCCCCAACCAGCGCACCAUAAGCCUGAGCGCGCUGCCAUGGCGGAUCCACUCCAUCCCCGAUUGUCCUUCCUGCCACAUCCGCCGUCUCCGCUCAAGGAUCCCGAGAAGAGACGGAAGUGUAAGCGACGACCGGUGGUUGCGCGCGGACCAAGUUCUGAGUGGGAUUGCCGCGAUCGAAAUAACUGCUUAGAUGGUUUCUGAAUUUCUGUAUGUAUGAUACCCGAGUCCAACGAUAGCAAUGUGACAUGAUGACAUUCAAAAGAGCGGGCGCAAGGAGGCGCAAGGUUUAGGCUCGACGCACGAGGACCAAAAGCAGUGCUCCGCAUCGUGGAAGUGCGGGGCCGGGAGCCGGGACGAACAACGAGAGCUUGGCGCGUCACCAUCAUCGAGCGCAUCUUGAGCCGCUUCGGCUCACGGCAUCGUCCUUCCCCACACAAAAGUGGGGGACCACCGCCUUCCUACAUCGGACUACUCUUUUGGACGUUACACCGCAAUUGACGAUUCGUCGGCCGUGUUUUGACUCGCAAACACGCGAUCCUCAGACAGAGGCAGCGCUCCGAUACCAAGGGAGAAGCGGGAGGCCAAGCACGGACAAAGCUCAAGUCUGAACAUGACCAUUCAUGAACGUGCUUGUGGAGCUCCAACUGCUGCAGUUCACGCUUCUUCCACAUGAAAUCCUCUCGUUUAUAGACGAUGCAGCGGACGAGUGGCGCCAGCUUCUGGAGAGUGUCGACGGCAACCCCAUAGACUCCGUUGGCCCGGCGCCUUCGAGCCCUCCACAUAUCCAAAUCAAGCCAGACCGUUCGCCCGUCUGGUUCCAAGUGCGCUUCCCAGACCCGGCUGGCAGCAAGGUGCCGUUGCUGGCAGUGAAGGGUGAAGGCAUAUCGCGCGCUGAACAGGAGCACUGGUUGGGAGUUGCGCGGGAGAACGAGGAUGAGAUCCUCGCAUCCGAAUUCCCUGUGUACCAGCUAUUAUGCAUACACCUGCUCCCUUUGCUGCAUGCUCGGCUGGGCGACUCUGACACGCCAACAUCUUCUUCUCCUUUGCCACCCGCAGAUUCGGCCCCACCCAGCCCUCGCUUCCAUGCCCUCUUCACCUCGCACCACCUGAUCUCAUCCAAGAAGCGACGCUCGCUCCAGCAGUGGUCCCAUGAGCUCUCCAUCUGCGGCUUUGCGAAGGUCGGAUAUCCGGGUGUGAUCUACGCGCAGGGCGAGCAGUCGAACGUGGAGGAGUUUGUCGAGAAUGUCAAGGCGAUGCAGUGGCUUGUGUUGCGUCUGCGGUUUCUAGAGCCCAUUCCGGACAUGGACACGGACACGUACACGUCGAGUGCGCUCGGCUGGACAGAGUUCGAGAAGGUCGGGCAAGUGGUCGAGAGGAUGCGGGGCCUGGGACUCGAGGCAUUCGUGGUAGAGAUGGGCGUCGGCAGCAAAGGAGAUUUUUGAACUGAAUAUGAUCAUUAGCCUUUGUUGCGUAGUUCCACGUACAAAUUGAGCGAUGCCGCAUUCGUUGCCUGGACGAAGCUAUAGACAACGCACAAAUGACAAUACGCUUGUUCAUACGCACGAAGUCGGCCGGCCGAACGUCUGGACGGCCCGGUUAGCGAGGAAGAGAUCAAACGACUUAGUGCCAGUAUAUCAUCACUUCGCAUCAAUAUCUGGUGGUCGGUAUUGAAUAUUGAAUGGUAAGAGUACGAGAUACAUAGAACUCCAAGCAAAUUCCAUAGGAGGAUUCAGAAUAUCAGUUCUCUGCAAGGGAACUGACUCGUUGGUAGCGCAAUUGAGACGCAAGGUCCAGGAGGAGAGGGACUUUGGUCAUCGCAAUGACGUGAAAACUUCCAAGAAAUACAAUCCCUGCAUGGUAUCAUCCAUCUAUGCGCGAUCGGCCAGUUCAUUAUCCACUUCCCAACCAUGUUGACAUUGUCCGCCUCGCGGCGGAGGUAUUAAAGGUGAGGUUAAGAGGGGAAGGAGAAGUGAAUUCACCUAACCAACCGCACCAUCUCCUUCACAGACUCAACCCAUCGACUGAUGUCUUCCUACUCCUCGUUCGCAGUGAUCGGUGCUGGCACUCUCGGAAGUCCCAUCGUAGCUGCCCUCGCCGCCCAGCCUUCGGCGAAAGUCCUCCUCCUCUCCCGCAGCGCGUCCAAGACGGUUCCGGAGAAUGUCCAGGUCGUCCAAGUCUCAUCGUACGAGGAUGUCGCCGCCGUCGCCACCGCACUCAAGGCGCACAACGUCGAAGUGAUCGUGUCCACACUGACUACGGGAGCCAUUGCUGCGCAGUCGCCUCUGGUAGAUGCGGCGAAGCAAGCCGGCAUCAAGCUGUUCGUGCCAUCCGAGUUCGGUACCGUGACAGAAGGACGCACGGACGGUCCAUUCGGGGAGAAGAACAAGAUCAUAGGAAAGCUCCAGAGCGUGGGCGUCCCGUAUCUUCGCAUCUUUAGCGGAUUGUUCCUCGAAUACGUGACCGGGGUCGUGAACUACAACGCCGAGGCCAAGAAGUUGUACGUGGUCGGUAAAUCGGAAGGUCCUGUCUCUGCCACCUCUAUCGCAGAUAUCGCUGGCUAUCUCGCACACAUCCUUAUUCACCAGCCUCCCUCUGCCCUCGAGAACCAGACACUGCGUAUCGAAGGCGACCGCAUCCCAGGCUAUCGGUCCCUCGGGUCGCUCUUGGGUGCGGAGGUUGAAACGGUCGAGACAAUGCAAGGGGAGAUGGCUGACUUCAAGGUGUUCCUGAUGAACAUGGCUGACCAGGGUUUCGGGACCACUGGCCACGGCGUCAAAGGUGUUUCUGACGAAGAGGCCUCCAAGAGCGGAAACGCGCUGUGGCCAGGACACCAGUGGAAGGCUGUCAAGGAUGUUUCGAUCUAGAAUCAGAUGCCAUGUGAUAUUUUCACCCAGCUCAAGCCUCAAAUUGUCCUAGUCAUUUCAGGGGGACCUAAGUAUUGGUCCCGCGCAAAACCACACGACAAUCUACGAGUACUUUCGAUUUUGCAGAAGAAAGAAAAGAUAAUAAAAAUCGACACUUAAU